AUGGUUUUCGCUGCCCUGCAUCGCAUCUAUGCAGGCUUCUUCAACCCCCCUCAAGCCCCAAAGCGGGAUGACGCCAUCCGCUUCGGACUCCUCGGAGCUUCCAAUAUCGCUCCAAUUGCCUUGAUAACACCAGCGCGAGCGCACUCGGAGGUCAUCAUUGCUGCCGUUGCAGCCAGAGAUCGCAGUCGCGCAGAGGCGUAUGCUAAGAAGCAUGAUAUUCCUAUCGUGCAUUCCUCUUAUGAAGAUCUACUAAAUGACCCAACUAUCGACGCCGUCUACAUUGCUCUCCCCAACGGCCUGCACUUCGAAUGGGCCUUGCGCGCCAUCAAUGCCCACAAACACGUCCUUCUGGAAAAGCCGUCAUGUUCAAAUGCUCAAGAAGCAAAGACCCUUUUCAAUCACCCCUUGCUCAAAGCACCCAACGCUCCUGUUCUCCUGGAAGCGUUCCACUACCGCUUUCACCCUGCAUGGCAAACCUUCCUUUCCCUCAUUCACGAUAACACUAUGGCGGGCCCAGUAAAAGACGCAUUUGCGCAACAAUAUGCUCCAAAGGGCAUGUUCUCCAAUGACGAUAUUCGCUGGCGCUAUGACCUGUCUGGUGGUGCUUUGAUGGAUUUCGGUACAUAUCCGUUAAGCUGUCUGCGUCAGAUUCUACGCGAAGAGCCAACAGAAGUGCUGCAGGCUCAAGGGAGGUUUGAUCUACCUUCCAAACCCGGGACGCAAGAUCAGCCUGCUGAACAGGCGAUGACAGCAACAUACAAAACAGAAAGUGGCGCGACGGGCCACCUCGUCGCUGAUCUAGCUACUUCAUCGUCUUGGAUUAAGGCACUGCCGGGCUUUGGCUGGCCGAAAUGCAAGGUUGAAUUGGAAGAGAAGGACCUCGGAAGCUCCGAUGGCGAAACCCGAUCCGUCAAGCGGACGGCCACGAUGUGGAAUCAUCUUAUGCCUACUGUCUACCAUCGGAUCGAUGUGGAAGACACGCAUACGAUCCGUCGUGAUGGGAAAGUAGUCAAGACUUGGAAGGAGCCUCAAUCUUUGAAAGCGUAUUCUUGGUCACCUGAGGAUGGGAGACGGGUGACUGGUGAAGACUGGUGGACUACCUAUCUUUAUCAGCUCCAUGAGUUCGUGAACAAGGUAAAGAAGCGCGAUGGCUCUGGGGUUUGGGUUGAUGGCCAGGAUAGUAUCAAACAGAUGGAGGCGAUUGAUCGAACCUAUGAAAAGGCUGGGAUGAAAUUGCGACCGACCAGCACGUUCAAGCUGUGA